GAAAGCUAUUGCCAAGUCCAGCCUCCAGCAUAUGGUAGCCCAGCCAAACCCUGCGCUAGCCCUAAGGAGUGACUCGGAGAGGCAGAUACGCAACACUGUGGACUGGAGCGAGACUGCGGUCUAUGGGGAGCACAUCUGGUUUGAGACCAAUGUCUCUGGGGACUUCUGCUACGUUGGGGAGCAGAACUGUAUGGCAAAGCUGCUGCAAAAACCUCUCUCCAGGCGUAAGUGUGCAGCCUGCAAGAUCGUAGUGCAUACACCCUGCAUCGAACAGUUGGAGAAGAUAAAUUUCCGCUGCAAACCUUCCUUCAGGGAAUCAGGAUCCCGGAACGUACGGGAGCCCAUCGUUGUCCGGCAUCACUGGGUACACCGGAGGCGGCAGGAAGGGAAAUGCCGACAAUGUGGCAAGGGUUUCCAGCAGAAGUUUGCCUUCCAUAGUAAAGAGAUUGUAGCCAUCAGCUGUUCCUGGUGCAAGCAAGCGUACCACAGCAAAGUGUCAUGUUUCAUGCUGCAACACAUCGAAGAGCCCUGCUCGCUGGGGGCUCACGCUGCUGUCGUCGUUCCUCCUACCUGGAUUCUGCGGGUCCGGCGGCCCCAGAAUCCACUGAAAUCUAGUAAGAAGAAGAAGAGGACAUCAUUCAAGCGGAAAUCCAGCAAAAAAGGGGCUGAGGAAGGGAGGUGGAAACCCUUUGUCAUCAAGCCCAUGCCAGCUCCUCUCAUGAAGCCCUUGCUGGUGUUUGUGAACCCCAAGAGCGGUGGGAAUCAGGGAGCCAAGAUCAUCCAGUCCUUCAUGUGGUAUCUCAACCCACGGCAAGUUUUUGACCUCAGCCAGGGUGGACCCAAGGAGGCGCUGGAGCUGUACCGCAAGGUCCACAACCUUCGGAUCCUGGCAUGCGGGGGAGACGGCACGGUGGGCUGGAUACUCUCCAUUCUGGACCAGUUACGCCUCAACCCACCACCUCCUGUGGCCAUCCUACCUUUGGGGACAGGGAACGACUUGGCCAGGACACUGAACUGGGGUGGGGGUUACACAGAUGAACCUCUGUCCAAGAUCCUGUCACACGUGGAAGAUGGGAACAUUGUGCAGCUCGAUCGCUGGAACCUCCGUGUGGAGCCAAACCCUGAUGCAAACCCUGAGGAAAAGGAUGAGGUGGCCACUGACAAGCUCCCCUUGGAUGUCUUUAAUAACUAUUUCAGCCUUGGCUUUGACGCGCGGGUGACGCUGGAGUUCCACGAAUCCCGAGAGGCCAACCCAGAGAAGUUCAACAGCCGGUUUCGGAAUAAAAUGUUCUAUGCUGGGACGGCUUUCUCCGACUUCCUCACAGGGAGCUCCAAAGACUUAGCGAAACACGUCAAGUUGGUUUGCGAUGGGACAGACCUGACCUCCAAGAUCCAGGACCUGAAGCCCCAGUGCCUGGUCUUCCUGAACAUCCCCAGGUACUGUGCAGGCACCAUGCCCUGGGGCAACCCUGGGGAGCACCACGACUUCGAGCCACAGCGCCACGAUGACGGCUGCAUUGAAGUUAUUGGCUUCACCAUGACAUCCCUGGCUGCCUUGCAGGUUGGUGGCCAUGGGGAGCGGCUGUGCCAGUGCCGGCAGGUGGUUCUCACCACGUCCAAGGCCAUCCCCAUGCAGGUAGAUGGAGAGCCCUGCAAGCUGGCACCUUCCUGCAUCCACAUCUCCCUGCGCAACCAAGCCAACAUGGUGCAGAAGACCAAGCGGCGCAACUCCAUGCCUCUGCUCAAUGACCAGCAGCCAGUGCCCGAGCGGCUGCGGAUCCGGGUGAGCCGAAUCAGCAUGCGUGACUACGAGGCACUGCACUAUGACAAGGAAAAGCUCAAGGAAGCCUCUGUGCCGCUGGGGAUCAUUGUGGUUCCAGGAGACAGCGACCUGGAAUUGUGCCGGACCCAAAUUGAGAAGCUGCAGGAGGAUUUCCUUCCACAGCCAUCUGCUUUAGAGCGCCUGCUCUUUCAGGAGGGAGAUGGAGCCAAACCGAAGACACUGUCAUCCCAGAAGCUGUCGCCCAAGUGGUGCUUCCUGGACUCAACCACGGCUGAUCGGUUCUACAGGAUAGACCGUGCACAGGAGCACCUCAACUAUGUGACAGAGAUUUCUCAGGAUGAGCUGUAUGUGCUGGACCCAGAGCUGGUGAUCACCCAGACUGUGGGCACCUCUCCUGCCAUGCCUGACCUCGUUGACUCAUCUGCCGCACCCAGUGGGCACCAUUUUGCAUUUCCCUCCUCUUCCUCCUCUCCACCUUCCUCUCCUGCCCCCAGCGCUGAGCCUGAGCACUGUCUCCCACACAAAGAUGAGCUGAUAGAAGCUGCCAAGAACGGCAACUUCAGCAAGUUCCAAGAGCUGCACCGGGCUGGAAGAGACCUGAUGGUGCGAGACUCCUCGGGCCAGACCGUCCUCCACCAUGCCGUCAAAUCAGGGAGCAAAGACAUCGUCAAAUACAUCAUCGAGAACGCCCCUUCAGAAAUCCUUGAUGCCACGGAGGAGGAGAAUGGUGAAACCAGCUUGCACCAGGCUGCAGCCUUACGCCAGCGCACUAUCUGCCACUACAUCGUGGAGGCCGGGGCUUCGCUCAUGAAGACGGACCUGCAGGGAGACACCCCCAAACACCGAGCUGAGAAAGCCAACGAUCCUGACUUAGCUGCCUACCUCGAGAACCGACAGCACUACCAGAUGAUCCAGCGGGAGGACCAGGAGACAGCUGUGUAGUGCUCGGUGUGCCUUAGCCCAAGCCAGCUCAGGCAGGAUGAGAAGAGGAUGAUGACGGCAACUGGCAGAGCUGUGAGUCUGGCCCAGCCCUCCCUAGAUGUCAACCUGGUCCCCUGAGAAGAUGGAGACAGCAGAGCUCUGCCCCAGGCUGGGCUGGGACUCUGUUUAUGAGGACAAUGAGUAUUUGGGACUUGAAGCCUGGCUCUUUGUGUGUGUCCCCUUUCACCCCUCAUCUACCACAUUCCCUGC